AUGUUCAAGUUACUGGUUUUAGUUUUAGACAUUUCCGACAUCGCCCAUCACAAAUACCAAGUACUUGAGGAGUGUUUGUUCUAUAAACUGACGAAAGAUGCCGAUCAAAUGCAGGGAAAAAGCAAUUCGCUCAUGCUCCUGCCACCUACCGUAGCCGCUGGGGAGACUUUGGACGUGCAAGUGCUUCAUGCCGGUGUCCGACAAAUGUGGAUGAACGAAGUCUUCAAAGAGAUGAACAUCAACGGCUAUUUGAAGCUGGUAAGAGCCGGUUAUUUGUUGUUUUGUUGA